AUGUGGAGGCGCUUGAGCCAAAUCGUGGUCAAGGUUCGCCGACGACAUGGCUUCGAUUGUUCCGGGUCCGCGUCUUCGGGUUUCCCAACGGCGGCAGGUGCACAAUCCAAGUCCGACAAGACAACAACCGCAACGAUGCCGUCGCUGUCGGAGAAAGACCAGCUGGCAUGGGCUUCAGUACCCUGGACGUCUGUGGUAGACGAAGAAAGCGGCAAGGUCCUCGGCUGGCGCAAAUCACAAGUCCCCUACAUUCCUGGGGGCGUCGAUAACAGUGGUUUGUCACUCCAGACGCUUGAUGUUUGGCUUCCCGCUUCGGGCACCCCUGGAUAUGCAACCCCGCAGGCUCCUGAUGCCCUUUCCCUCCCUUCUCAGUCAGGACACUGGAUCGUCUACAUCCAUGGCGGAGCCUGGCGCGACCCCAUGAUUGACGCCUCGUCGUUCUCCCCCACAGCUAUCAAUCUCCUUCAAGCAGCCGCCAGUUCCUUUUCCAAGGGCUCGGUUCCCAUCGCCGGUGUGGCAUCCCUCAACUACCGGCUCUCUCCCCACCCCAACCACCCUACCAAAGGGCGAGACCCGAAUCGAGAGGCCAGACACCCAGAUCACAUCAGCGACGUCCUAGGUGGCCUGGCAUUCCUCCAGCGUUUGGGUGGUGCAACUGGGUCAUGGUUGUUAUCCGGUCAUAGCUGUGGAGCAACCCUCGCAUUCCAAGCAGUCAUGGCCCCCUCGCGAUGGGGCCUCGACACUGCCAUCGUGAAGCCCACCGUUAUCGUUGGUCUGAACGGGCUGUACGACUUGGCUGGCUUCAUCACCAUGCCACCGCCCGAAUAUGCUGGCCUGAGAGAUGCGUAUGACGAGUUUACUCGUGGCGCCUUUGGAGACGACGAGACCGUCUGGAAAGAUGCCUGCCCUGCCACGGCAGACGAUUGGACAAGCGAAUGGCAAGAAGGGAAACAAGUCGUUCUGGCCCAGAGUCGUGAGGACAGCCUGGUGCCGUACGACCAACUCGAAAAGAUGGGGGCCUACCUGAGCAAAUCAUCGUCUUUGAAUAUUCGGGAAAUGGAGGCUGGCGGUGAUCAUGAUGAUAUCUGGAAGAAGGGUGACAGGUUGGCCGAGAUAUUGUACGAUGUUGUAUCGGGUUUGAUGUGA